GUGAGAAGAAAGAAGAAAGGGGCUCGGGGCAGCGCCGCUGCCGCACCUGGGGCGGGCGGGGGCGGUGCCGGAGCCGCCCCGCGCAGGAGGCGGUGCGGUGCGGGCGGUGCGGGCUCGGAGCCGCUGCCUCCUCCUCCUCCUUCUCCUCCUUCCUCCUCCUGCUGCUGCUCCUCCAGCCGCCGCCGUGCCCGCUGGAUGCGGCGGGGCCGGGGCAGGAUGCGGGGCUGGGCGCUGCGCCGCGCCGUGCCGCUGCUCGGCUGCCUGCUGGCCGCGGCGUCCAGCACGAGACCAGAGUGCAGCAUCAUGCAGGAGAUCGAGGAGGAGCGCAGCCAGUGCCUGGCAGAGCUGACCUGGGACAACCAGACCUCAGGCUGCAGGAGGCAGUGGGACAACAUCACGUGCUGGCCCGAAGCAGAGGUGGGAGAAGUCGUGGUGCGGCCAUGCCCCAAGUACUUCAGAUUCCUGACCUCCUACCUGGGAAAUGUGACCAGGAAUUGUACAAGCCAGGGCUGGUCAGAUGUGUACCCUGCACCCUACGCUGUAGCUUGUGGAUAUGAUUCCAACAGCACUCCAGGGGAAGAGCAAACGGCGUUCUACGGAACGGUCAAGACCGGCUACACCAUCGGACACACCCUGUCCCUCAUCGCCCUCACGGCUGCCAUGAUCAUUCUGUGUCUCUUCAGAAAACUACACUGUACUCGAAAUUACAUUCACAUGCACCUCUUCAUGUCCUUCAUCAUGAGAGCCAUCGCAGUCUUCAUCAAGGAUGUCAUCCUGUUUGAAAGUGGGGAGUCCGAGCACUGCUUCGUGAGCUCAGUGGGCUGCAAGGCCAUGAUGGUUUUCUUCCAGUACUGUGUCAUGGCCAACUUCUUCUGGCUGCUGGUGGAGGGGUUGUACCUUCACACCCUGCUGGUCAUCUCCUUCUUCUCGGAGAGGAAGUACUUCUGGUGGUACAUCCUGAUCGGCUGGGGUGCCCCCUCCGUGUUCAUCACUGCCUGGACAAUUGUCAGGAUUUACUUUUUCGAUGUUGGGUGCUGGGAAGAAAUAGUGGAAUCCCCAUUCUGGUGGAUCAUUAAAACUCCUAUUUUGGUGUCUAUUUUGGUGAACUUCAUCCUCUUCAUCUGCAUCAUCCGUAUCUUAGUCCAGAAGCUGCAUUCCCCAGAUGUUGGGCACAAUGAAACCAGCCAAUAUUCGAGGCUGGCCAAGUCCACUCUGCUGCUGAUCCCUCUCUUUGGCAUUCACUACAUCAUGUUUGCUUUCUUCCCUGACAAUUUCAAAGCAGAAGUGAAGCUGGUCUUUGAGCUCGUGGUUGGGUCAUUCCAGGGGUUUGUGGUGGCUGUUCUCUACUGCUUCCUCAAUGGAGAGGUGCAAGCUGAGCUCAAGAGGAAGUGGCGGAGGUGGCACCUGGAGCGGUUCCUGGGCUCGGAUAUGAAGUACCACCACCCUUCCCUGGGCAGCAACGGCACCAACUUCAGCACCCAGAUCUCCAUGCUGACCAAGUGCUCGCCAAAGACGCGCCGCUGCUCCGGCUUCCAGGCCGAGUUCUCCCUGGUGUGAGGGGCUCCCCAGGCACUGAGCAUCCAAAGCUGAGACACGAGGAUCCCCGGGAAUCAGUGAUCCCAUGACAAACCCCUGUGAAAUGACCUGCUCCACAUGAGCCAACAGAGGACACACAACUGGAAAAGCCACUGGCAUCCAGGAUGAGAUCAGACAAGCCAAGAGGCAGAGAAACACUUUUGGUCUCCCUCUUUUCAGGCCUUUCACUCUUCAAUUUCAAGCCCUCAGGGAUUGAUAGCUCUGAGGAAUUGUCCAAGUUGCUUGAGGACAGCCUGGGAGAUGCUGGUGUGUCAUAAAUAAUGAAGCACUGGGGUGAGGGAGGGAGAGCCUCAGUCCUCAGUGGCUUUACCAGAACUGGCAUCUCUAAAACAGACAAAUUGCACUUUUUUUUCUAAAGAAUGAGCCAGUAAAGGAGAGACAGAGACAGGAAGCAGGAAAAAAAAAAACAAACCACCAAACAUAUGAAUGUGCCAAAAUUCCUGUGAAUAAGAGGUGAUGAUACAGCACCAAAGAUGGUGCUGGGGACAUGGGGAGAAGGGACAGGAGGAACAUGAGCAGGAAUGGAGAGGCCAGCACAUGGCCCCCACGUUUUACACAGGUGGAGAUGAAUCUGCAGCACCAGGAGAGCCCCUCAGAGGAUGCCCCAGUGUGUUCUGCUAAUUCCCCACCAUCCUUGGGAGCAGGAGCUUUCCAGGAACCCUGUGGAAGAGCAGAUCACUGAGAAGGACCAGCGUGAGGACGCCCUUCUCUGCACUGUGUUGGUGACAUGGUGCUUUGCUUGGUUGUGUUCCAUGAACAGGAAACUCAAUUUGCAUGUAUAAAAAUCAGGGCCAGAUGCCAAAAGCAGAGCACGGCUGUGUUUUUUCAUUCUCUUUAAGUUGUCCCAAAGAUCUCGGUGCAUGGAUGCACCCAGGAUAAUUAGGGAUCAGGGGGAAAUAAUUGGGCUGUAAUUCAUUUGCACUUGCUUAGCAUACACUGUCAGGAAAGGGAAAUAUAGGGCCCUGUAAUCCUUAAUUGAGUCACAGCUGCCAUAAGGAGCCAUUCUCCAGAUGAAAAAAAUUAGUGUCACAGCAGCAGGUGAAAUUGCUUUCAUCAGAACAAGGUUGUCUCAGCACACAACUGGCACUCCAGGAGGGAGGAAGGAGUGAAGGAGCUAUUAAAUGGAUUUCUUCUUCAGCUUUUGUGGGGAGCUUUCAUCCUAUAUGAAGGCAUUGUUAGACGUUUAAGAUGUAUGUGUGCAUUUUACCUCUUUUCUGAAGGCCUGUUAGUUUCCAUCCAGGGGCAAUUCCUACUUGAAGAAUGCACAUGGAUCCCAUUAAAACCAAGGGAGUAGGGUUUUUUUUAAUUCUUGUUUUCAUGGUGGAGAGGCAAAGGAGAAAUAUUAAAGCCCAGUCCUGCUCAUUUGAGGCAACCCCACAGUCCCAAACUCAAAAUACAGGGUACAGAUGUUCAUGUUUGUGUCCCACUCAGCUGCAUCGAGUGGGGUUGAAAAAGUUUUGUGCUGAGGGUGGGAAAUCCCUGCCCAUCUCAUGUGUACCCUCAGUAAUUGGGCUGCUGCCAUGCUACUGAAACAUGUCUUCGUGAAGGAGUGUCUGGGUCACCAACACAGGCACCUGGAGAGGGAGGUGGGCUCCUCUUUUAGAGCUCAGAGACCUCAACUUACCUGCUUUAUUUCUCCAAAACGAAAUGCAGCUCACUGGAGGGAAGCACCUGCAGCCUGGUGGGGUUGGGGGGUGUUGGCCUUAAGCAAAGGGUGCCAAGAAACCACACUGAGCUCAGGAGGAGACUUGCAGAUCCAGCUCCUUUCUGAGUCCUGACAGGGCAGAAUUCCAUGCCAUCACCAUUCCCAGAGCCUGUUAUCAGCUCAGCUGGAUGCUCCCAAAGUAUUUCUCCAGCUCUGAGAACAGCGUGGGGGGCUGGAGUCAGUAAAGGGCCACGAGGAACUGUGAUCCACCAAGGGCAAACUUGCAGUCCUCAGUUUGCAGGGAGCCAGCCCAGAUCCUGUCACAGUGCAGCCCUGGCUACCCAGCCUGUAGGUCCUAAAACUACAGGAAGAUGUGAAAAUUCCUGAAAUUACAGUGCUGGUGACCCCAGGCUGGCCAGGUGUGAGCCAGCUUUGUUAUGGCUACUUUACACUGAGCCCACAUCAACAGUGAGGGUACAACUCUGACGUGCCAUAAGAUCAUCAAAAUGCAGCUCCCUGAUUCCCAAAAUGCAGAGAAAACAAGAAGAUGCUCAAAAUUUCCCCACUUUUCUUGCAUUGAAGCCCUUAUGCCUUGACACCCCUCAAACAACAUCCCAUUGAAAUCCAGAAGGUUCUCAGAGGCAAGAACCUUUGAAGUGGUCCUGGUCAGAGUACAAGAAGAGUUUGGAUGAUGCUCUCAGAUCCUUGGUGUGAUUUUUGGGGUUGUCCUGUGCAGGACCAGGAGUUGGACUCGAUGAUCCUUGUGGGUCCCUUCUAACUCAGGAUAUUCCGUGAUUCUCUUUGUGUUUGGUGCUUGUGUUGCUCUACUGAGCAUUUUCAAACCUGGAUUAGGACUCACCCAGGAAAUACUGGAGAAAUCCCACCAGUACCUCCAGUUCUUCUGCUGUGCUUGGUUCAAAGCAAGGACUUGACCUGCAUUUUCCAGGUGAAUUAUUAACUUCAAGGAAACCCAGAAGAAGCAAAGAAAAAUUCUGUCUCAGCUUCCAAGUUGAUGUAAAAUGCUUUGUCUCACUGGUUCAGAGCUUUGAAGCAAUGUCAGUCUGGGAAACAUUGGAUCCAUCAGGCUGCAAAGCCAUUCCCCCUGUUCAUCUGUCAUGAUAAUAUUUAUACUCAACAAAACUGAUGGGCUGCAGAGGAACACUGCCCAAUCUUGGGAAUGCAUCCACUGAGGUGUGAACUGGAAUUUCAGGUCCCAGCCAAGCAGCAGAGGAGCUGGAGCACAGAGCUGUAGAGCAGAAGUGCAGCACCACUGCCAGCAGCCUCCUUUGUGGGAUGUGAGGGAAUCCCUUCCCAUCUGUUCCAGGCAGCCUUGCUGGGGGGAAAGCCUCUGAGCCAUCCUGUGAGACACACGGAGCAUUUUCCCUCUGGUCUUCCCUUUCCUCUCCCUGUGCUCCCUUUUCCUCUCAGUUUUCAGGAGGAAAUGUGUGUGUUUGCAGCUUUUCUUGUGUUCCAGCCCUGUGCUAACCCCUGCCAGCACCAGCCAAGUGCCAAAGACAGCCAGCAAAGGUUUGCCUUUUGGAGAUGUGACAGGGAAAAACCCCAGCUGGUUAUUUACCCUCACCACAGGCUCCUCUGCAGCCUGUCACACUCCCCACCAGGCUGUUCUGCACAGGAACCUGAAGAUGGGAUGUUCCCUAAGCUGAGGGGGCUCCUUCAAAAAGUGUGGAGUACACCAGCAUGCCAGAGCUGUGCUCCCAGGCACCCUACUGACAAUUAUUGCAUUACUGAACAUCCAGCCACGCCUCCUCUCUGCUGUCAAGGGUGUUUGAGGGAUGAAAUGAACGUGCUGAAUGGACCUGCUGUGACAGGCAUGGCAAUGUCAGCGAUGCAGAGCUGCCAGCCCAGCUGCCUUGGCCCCGUGUUCCAGGAAAACAGAGGAGCUGGGGGUGGAAUCACUUUAUAAAGAGUGAAAUCUUCUCACUCUGGGGACGUGAGCAAUCAAGUGAAUGAUUACAUUGGGAUUGGGCCCUGUUUGACUGGCUUAGUGCAGGAAUUUGGCUCCAUAACUUGGCCUGGCCUAAUCUGAUUUUCAUCCAGCUCAUCAAUAAAAUGGAAUUCAAGGACUUCACUGCAGAUGACAACGUGGAGCAAGCUGUCCUGGCCCCAUGACCUGGCCCUGAGUCCUGGCCCCACACAGAGCACAGAACAGAGCUCAGCACUUUUGCUGCUCCCCCAGCUCCAGCCUGACCCCAGAACUGACCCCAGCAGGGCAACUACAUCCAUUUGCUGCUUCAAAGACCAGAGAUGUGCCUCCUGAAAGGUAUUAAAGGAGAAAAGGAGACUCAGGGCUGCCCUCAUCACUCUGCACAGCUCCUGAAAGGUGCCUGUGCUCAGCUGGGGCUGGGCUCUGUCUGCAGCAGCACUGACACA